ACUGGCUGUUGUUUGCAAUCGACUGCAGUAUUCACAGGACAGACCAUCAGGUUCGAGCUCGCUGCCCUAGAAAGGGUGUCUCAAGCUCUCUUCCCAGGAAGGAACAGUUACUUCCUGGGUUUAAUCCAGAAGAGUUAAAUAAAUAGCCGCGCCCCGCAAGCAGAGUCUUAAGAGGGGCCAAGGGGCGGCGCUCCUCUAUUUUUCCAGCAGUGAUUGGGAAGGAAGAAGCGGGGUCUUUUUCCGCUGCUGAUUCUUUUUGACGGCUAGGGAAACAGGUUGUGCAAUGCUUCGGCUGGUCAGAGCAACUACUACUUUGCUCCGGGCGCUCUCCGCGGAAUCCCUUUGGGCGCCGAGUAGUGUCCCGAGAAGGUCCGCGGGAACGCAGGGAAGGAAAAAGGAAAUCCUUUUACACCUACAUGGAGAGGCAAACCGCGGUAUUGCAGAAAUUCUAAUGAACAGACCACAUGCAAAAAAUUCACUGGGGAAAGUGCUUGUGAAUGAACUGUAUGAAAUUCUUGACCUCCUCCGUUAUGAUGAAAGUGUCCGUGUGGUGAUCAUUAAGAGCGAAGUAGAAGGUGUUUUUUGUGCAGGUGCAGAUUUAAAAGAGCGUGCUCAGAUGUCCGAUACUGAGACAGACCAUUUUGUUCAGAGACUCAGAAGCUUAAUGGAUGGCAUUGCUGCAUUACCAAUGCCAACCAUUGCUGCCAUUGAUGGCUAUGCGUUGGGUGGUGGUUUGGAACUGGCAUUAGCUUGUGAUCUCCGAGUAGCAGCAUCAUCUGCUAAAAUGGGCCUCAUUGAAACAACCAGAGGACUCUUCCCUGGCGCAGGUGGAACCCAGCGUCUACCACGCUGUAUUGGAAUAGGCCUUGCUAAAGAACUCAUUUUCACCGGCAGGCAGAUCGAUGGACAAGAGGCAUUCUCAAUAGGACUAGUUAAUCAUGCAGUGCCACAGAACGAGGAGGGAGAUGCGGCUUACCAAAGAGCACUGGCUUUAGCUGAAGAGAUUGUUCCUCGGGCUCCAAUAGCUGUGAAACUCGGCAAAGUGGCUCUAAACAGAGGGAUUGAGGUGGAUAUUGCCUCUGGGAUGGCUAUUGAAAGAAUGUGUUAUGCUCAGAAUAUCCCUACAAGAGAUCGGCAGGAAGGGAUGGCUGCUUUCAUAGAGAAACGGCCACCCAAGUUCAUUGGCAGAUGACACUUUCAGUCCUUAUGCAGGUGUCUGAAUGAAACUCCAAGAAGUGAUCAGAAGGCUGUCUCUUGAAAUAUUUUUCUACAUACUUUGUACUCAGUGUAUUUUUAAAAGUAAAAAUCUAGAAGACUGCAAA